AUGGACGAGGGCCGCAACAUGAUUCUCCUCUUCCCCUCGCUCGUGCACCUGAAGACGGACGAAGACAAGGCCUACUUCAAGCCCCGCUGCCACAUGUUCUACGGCCAACGCGUCAUGGAUAUACCAGAUGGUCUGCCCAAAUGGAGCGGCCUGAGCGGUGAAUCGGAUUUGAUAGAGGAUUCUCCGCCCGACCAAGUCCAGGAGCUUGAGCGCAAGAGGGAGGGGGAGAGGAACAAGAAGUUGGAGGAGGGCAAGCCGGAUGAGAUUACAAAGGAAGGAACGAUGGGGAGGAAGGAGGGUAAGGGCGCUAAUAUGCAGUGA